CCUGCUUUUUCUCGUCAGUUGAUGAAGCUUGCUCACUUGGGUCGUGUCUCCGGUUCGAAGACCGAAGUAAACCGCCUCGUUUUUGACCGUAUAGGCUCCGAAGAGAGCAUGUAAACUAAAAUCGUGCCUAGAGGUAAGCGGCAGAGGUUUCAGGGUCUAAUUUCCGAGCGAGUUUCCUAACCUACGGUUCUGAAGCGACUGAACUCGGGAAGAAACUGUUUUGUGGGAAAGGAGGAGUAACUGGAGCGAAGGCCGUGUUCAAGUGGCUGCUGGUAACGUGACCAUGAGCGCGGCAUGGGAGUGACGUGACAGCAGGGGUGGAUCUUGGCGCUCUUUCUUUCUGUCUCUCUCACACACGCGCGCACACAAGCACACUAUGCUUCUCUCUGCUCCGAGAGACAGAACUGAGUGAGCGAGCACGUGGAGAGGGACAGCGCGGGUGCCAGAAUGGACGAGUCAGCUCUCCUGGACCUCCUGGAGUGUCCAGUUUGCUUGGAGCGGCUGGAUGCUACGGCCAAGGUGCUGCCGUGCCAGCACACAUUUUGCCGCCGCUGCCUGCUUGGCAUUGUGAGCUCUCGUGGGGAGCUGCGCUGCCCAGAGUGCCGCACACUCGUGGAGAGCGGCGUGGAUGAGUUGCCUAGCAACAUCUUGCUGGUGCGUCUGCUGGACGGCAUCAAGCAGAGGCCCAGGCGGGCAGGGACAGGACCGGCAGCGGCGGCAGCAGCUGUGACAGUAGCGGCAGGCUGUACCAAUGGCUCGGUGGGUGGCGGACAGAGGAGCCAGGGGCCCAGUGGAGGAGGACAGAGGGAGCAAGCAAUCCCAGGAGCGCAGCCCCAGAGAGUCCAGACCAAAAGCACGCCAGUCAGAGGUGUUCCCCAGCUCCCUUGCGCAAAAGCCUUAUACAACUACGAUGGCAAAGAACCUGGUGAUCUCAAGUUCAGCAAAGGGGACAUCAUCAUCCUGCGCCGGCAGGUGGAUGAGAACUGGUACCAUGGCGAGGUGGGCGGAAUCCACGGCUUCUUCCCCGUCAGCUUUGUGCAGGUGAUCAAGCCGCUGCCCCAGCCGCCCCCGCAGUGUAAGGCCCUGUAUGACUUUGAACUCAAAGACAAAGAGGCAGACAAGGACUGCCUUCCGUUCUCAAAGGAUGACAUUCUGACAGUGAUUCGGCGAGUGGACCAGAACUGGGCUGAAGGAAUGCUGGGAGAUAAAAUUGGCAUCUUUCCCAUAUCAUAUGUAGAGUUUAACACAGCAGCACGGCAGCUUAUUGAGCUGGACAAGGUGCUAGACGGUGGAGGUGACUUGGGUGAGGGGCCCUCCUCUGCCACGGGCCCCCAGGCCAACGGCCCACAGAAGGCUGCAAGCGAGAAGAAGAACAGUAAAAAACGUCACUCGUUUACCUCCCUGACCAUGUCCCACAAGCCAUGCCUGGCCCCGCCACCUCAGAGGCAUUCCAUGGAGAUCAGUGGCCCAGUGCUCAUCAGCUCCUCCAACCCCACGGCAGCAGCCCGCAUUGGGGAGCUCAGCGGAGGACUGUCCUCUAGCGCCCCCUCCCAGGUUCACAUUUGCACGACAGGGCUCAUCGUCACGCCCCCACCAAGUAGCCCUGUAACUACGGCGACAGUCUUCACCUUUCCCCCAGAGACGAGCUACGCCUCAAUCCCAGUGGACGCUCUUCCUCCUCCUCCACCUCCUCCUCCACAGUCUUCUGCUGUAGGCGCUGCCUCCUCGUUGGCUGUUGGCCAAAGGCCUUCCCCCACAGCAAGUGAGCAGAGCAGCCGACAGAGACCGACAGUGUAUGUAGCGAUGUUCCCAUACACACCUCGUAAGGAAGAUGAGCUGGAGCUGAGGAAAGGCGAGAUGUUCCUGGUGUUGGAGCGCUGUCAGGAUGGCUGGUUUAAAGGAACAUCUAUGCACACUGGCAAGAUCGGAGUGUUUCCUGGCAACUAUAUGAGUCCUAUCAGCAGGACGGCAGCCAGCAACAAUCAGCCCAAAGUGCCCCUAACACUGUGCUCACAGGCUGGGCGCAGCAUCACCAUCAUUAGCCCCUCCUCUGCCCAUCUUGGAGCUGGUCUGGGUGGCAUAGAUCCCAAUAAGCCCCUCUCAGUUUGUACAGGUCCUGCUCCUUCUAGCCCACUGCCGGCUGCCGUAGUGACAGCUGCUCACGUGCCUCCUGGUCAGCACCCCAAAGUGCUGAUGCAUGUGACAUCACAGAUGACGGUCAAUCAGGCUCGCAAUGCUGUUAGGACAGGAGUCUGUCACAGUCAGGAUCGUCCAACUGCGGCUGUAACACCCAUCCAGUCCCAGAAUGCUACGGCUUUUCCGUCUCACCUGGCGGUGUGCCCGCAGCCAUCACUUGGUCCUGGUUCUGCUUCUGGCUCCACUUCUAGCCCUGCCUCAAACAGAAUAGGUGUGGCUAUGGGCUGUGCUGCUGCUUCCCUCACCCCACCCAAUGUCAGUGCUGCUUCUCUGGAAGUCGAUGCCAUGAGGCCCACCAUGGUGGCGCUUCCGGUUGGUUCUGGUAACACCAAGCCCCUCGGUGCCACGGCAACAAAUCAGGCUGCUGCUUGUAGGCUGGAUAAGGACUGCAAGAGGGAGAAGAAAGGUCUGUUGAAACUGCUGUCUAACAAAAAGAAGCUCCGCCCCUCUCCUCCAUCCUCACCGACGUUGGAGGCGGAGCAGGCUGCUGCUGCUGAAAUGACACAGGGUGCCAUGGGGGCUGAAAUGCUCCUCCCUACUUCUGCAGCAGUGGGAAACCAAGCUAGAACUGGGUCCUGUCCAGUGGAGUCUGAGAUGUCUGUACCGUGUUCGUCAUCCUCGUCUUCAAACACUGACGCAGCACACCGCAGAAGUGGCUCCCAGGAUAGCCCUGCCCCCAUUGCACCGCCACCACGGCAACCAUGCUCCUCCCUCCUCUCCAUGCAGCAUGACGGCAGGCCAAUAGUAUGCGAGAGAUAUCGAGUGGUGGUGUCAUACCCUCCACAGAGCGAGGCUGAGCUGGAGCUGAAGGAGGGAGACAUUGUGUUUGUGCAUAAGAAACGAGAGGACGGCUGGUUCAAAGGAACGCUCCAGAGGAACGGUCGAACAGGCCUCUUUCCCGGCAGCUUCGUUGACAGCAUCUGACUUUGUGAAAACAUGCUUGCCGUAAAGCAACACGGUUCCACCAAACUCAUAUCAGGUUAACAGCUGUGGCUGUUUUGCACUGCUGCCUAGAAAGCAGCUGACAAACGAGCGAUUGACAGAACAGAAAAGGUUACUGCAUCUGACAACAUAUCCGUGAGUUGAUCUAAGAGCAAGUCGACCCUGGAGGUCUUACAUCCUGGGCCGCCACAGAACCUUGGAGCUGAACAUAGACUUGCAGCUUACACAGAGACCCUCUAAACUGACCCCUAGGUGGGCCAAUCAGCACAUACUCAAGCACAUAUAGAAAACCUUUUAUCCGGCGCAGACAACAUGAUGGAGCUGGCUUAGCCUUUAGAGCCUUUAGCACCCAAUUCAGAGAAUAGUAGAGCUAGUCAUGUGAUGAUUUGUUAAUUUAUGUAUCUGUAACGUUUCAAAAAGGUUUAAAUGUGUGCCUUGUACUGUCUCUCACUUUAUUGUAUAUAAGCAAACAAAGCUGAUAUAUGAGUCGCAAAACAGUAUGAACUGAGCUAGGCUGGAAAAUAUGAAUUUAACUUAUUUUUUUUAUUUAGUUUGGGUUGUAUGUUAUUGAUGGAUGACUGAUGUGGGUGGAGCUAUGUGAACUCAAGCAAUGAUUGAUUGGAUGUCCCAGAUGCGUGUCACUGAUGCACUGCUUGGCCAUUGUAAGAGGCUGCUUGAUGUCAUCACUGUUCCCUCCUUGGUUCAACAAUAUGGCCCAGUUAAACUACUGUUGAGCAUCUUAAUUUUAGAGUUAGAUAUGACUUCCCAGUUUACUACUGAUUUAAGAGUGCUUAUUAGAAACAGUACACCUACACCAAUAUUUUAUGUUAUUACUGAAGGUAUGUGCUCAGCAUAUCUGGUUUAGAUUUGAUCAUUUUAUUGGCACAUAUAUAUGCGAAACAGGACAAAUUAUGAGAAAUUGUGUUGUAUUGAGUGGGAUUAACAAAACCAUUCACUGGCUGCAGUUUGGCUCAUUGGGUUGUCUGUUGGAUUGUGGCUGAGGUUCUUGGAGAACAGAGGUAGCAGCUCCUACAUGAUGACUGAUUGUAGUGUGUAUGACUCUACGGCGCCAGGUGUGCAUUUUAGCAGGCACAUUUUAAUGAUUCUGCUGUAGUUCAUUUUUAUUCAGUAAGGGGUUUUAGGGAUAGUAGGGUUAAUAUUUCUAGUUGUUCGGUAUGUAAAGACAAUAUGUUCUUUAGAAAGCAUCUGAGUGGUGGUGGCAUAAAUGUAUCGCUCAAAGUUGUACUAAUGGAAUUCCUGUAUUGUUCUGAAAGUAGCUGCUGCCUCCCUUUUGUUUAUUAUAUGAGAGUCAUCUCACUGACAGCUGAACAUGAUAGCCGUGAGAGCACACAGGUUUCAAACCCUGGUACUGUACAUUGACAUUUAUGCUUGUAAUCACACAUUUUACUUGUGACAAGUUGUGUUCUGCAAUCUGCUUUUAAGGUCUGUUUUAAUACAUUGUACUAGACCCAACAUAAUGGUGCAUUUGACUUUCAAACCUCUCAUUUUUGAGCAUCUCCAGACAAAAUCUGAAGUCUGAAAUACUAGUUUGUCCUAAGCAUGUGCAUAAGAGAAAGCAGAGGCGAACUGUGUAAUGUCAUAAUUUCAUUGUGUGAUUGCACAGAGGUGGGAGAGGCCAUUAGACUGGUUGCUAUGUGUAGUAAUGAACAUUUAUUAGCGAUUCCAAAAUGGGGCUGGUUCAGUGUCAUAGCAUUCAUGUCAUACAUUGUUGUUUGAAAGAACAGGACAUAAGAUUUGAACAUAGUGUUUUGUUGUAGGCGAGUUGGAGUCCGAGUUUUGUUGUUGGAUUUGAAAAGCACAAGAGGUUCAGUGUUACCUAUUCCUGUUCAGACGCGACUGAAUACAUUUCACAGUUGUAUGUUUCCUCCCUUUCCAUUUUAAUAUCUAAUGACUGAUGGAUUUUAAGACUGACGGAAUGUUUGUUGACCAGGUCAUCCUUUUAAAGAGGACUAAAUAAUGCCGGUGGCCUGUUUUUUGGCUGUUUUUAUUAGCCUUUUUUGCAACCCCGAAGCGCACACUGUGUGGGCUUAAUGGAAAUAUGAAACACACUAGGACUUGCUGUUCCUGUCAAAGUCACAGUAUAAGUAACAUUGUUACCUCAUUAGGGGCCAAAGUGACUUUUUAAAUUCUUAAAUGAAAAAUCAUCAUAAUUGAUACAGUGCUACAUUGAACCUAAGAGGAAAUCAUUUAGAAUUAUCCUACUGUAUUCUUGUGUGAGAGCGGCAGCAGCAUUCAAAUACAGCACAAGGGCGCUAACCUGCCAUGUUUUUUUUUUUGUUUUUUUUAAAUAUCAUAAAAUCGCAACAUAGUUAAUAACAAUAAUAAUACACUUAUGUAUCCCUAACUUCAAAUGUACAAGUCUAAUGUUUUAGCUGUUUAGUGUUGUGGCAGAAAUUGGAAAGUCUUACAAAUCCUCUGACCAAAACAGUCUCUAAAGAAUUUGUCCAUUCUUUUGCCUCUGGAAACACUCCAUUUGUCUAAUCUGCAGUCUUAGGCCUUUGUCUUGUAAAACUGCAGAAUUAUUAUAUUAUAUUAUAUUAUAAAACUGCAGAAUAUUGUAUUGAUCAAACAGUUCUUUAGGGCUGUAUGAAAAAAGCGAUGAUAACACUGUUUACAAGCAUUUGUGAGUGGGAGAGUGUAUUGGGGACCCUCAUGAGCUAGUUAGCAGGCUAAGUUUCUGCCUAAUAUGAGAUUGGAAGGCUGGAAGAGGUUGUACACGUGGUAAAAAAACACUGAUCACUCCUAGGGGAAACUCAAGUGCCUGUGCUGUGUUGAGUUCACCCUUGGUCUUCUUGGCGUUCUUUUUGUGCACAUAGUGCAUUUUUAUCUGUUUUUCUCUGUGGCGUAGUUGUGUUAAUGCUGCGUGUGAACGCGCAGUGCUCCAAAACUCUCGUUCAUUAGUAAAUCACAUGUGCCAAUACAAAUCUUUCAGACAUGGAUGCUAACUACUUCCCUCACACAUCUCCAUUCUGCAGUCUCACGGUCAGUGGUGUGUAACUUCCACCCAGGCCUUAAUUAACUGCAGUGGAUUGUCACAAUAUCUUUUUUUAUAAAUAAUUUGUCUAAGCACGUCCCACGACUGACCAAACUGCUCUGAAGGAAUGCCAGCAUAUUCACUGUACUGUCAUACCUUGUUGGAGAGCGUUAGUUCUAAAGCUGAUUUAGUUGGACAUACUCUGUUUGCCAAGGUGACUUACUUGAUUUUAUUUUUCCAUAUUUUUUUUUUCUUUGUAUUGAAGUAGAUGGUAAUUGUAUGUCUGGUAAAGGAAGUUGGUAUCCACAUAUUUAACACUAAAACAUUGGAAGAAAUACCCCUUUUUGUAAUGUGCAUAACAGUAAUAAAAUAUACUGGUUUCCAAGU